AUGGACUCCAACCCGCAGGAUGCCAGCGCGGAGCAUGGAUUCGAGAUGCCAGGCACGCCACAGCCACAACUCUCACAUGGUCGGACGGGUGGAUUCCGCCCAUUUCGCAGCAGCAGAGGUUUUGGGUGCAUGGAAGUGCCGAAGGAAGCGGAAGAUGAUGUCUCCGCGGAUGUUCCCAAGGACGUUCCAGUCAGCGGCGCAGAUGUUGUCAAGGACAUUCCCAGCAGCUGUGCAGAGCACGCUGUCGUGAAAUCUCGCUUCAGCAUCCGCAACAUCUGUUGUGACGCAGAAGUUCGAUUAAUCGAGCGGGUGAUCAGGCCACUGCCUGGUGUGCAGACUGUGGCAGUGAACAGCUUCCAGAAAAUAUGUAUUGUGGAACACUGCUCACCAUGUUGCACAUCUCCAGAGACCAUAUUGAGCAAAUUGAACAGUGCAGGGCUGGGUGCAUCUCUUCUUGGACGGGGAGGUGAGGAAACUCAGAGCCAAAAGCUGAACUGCCGCGAGUGGUGCCGGCGCUACACCCGCAUCUUCGUCGUGAUUGGCACUGCCUUGUGUAUGCUUUCAAGUGGCCUUCUUGGAAGUGUGGGGUUGGAUGGCAGCAGCCUGCAAAUCUUGGCGAUUGCCAUCGGACUGCCAGGCAUUCUGUGGGAAGCCAUCAAGGGCAUGAAGCAGCUUCUGCUAGAUGUCACUUUACUUGUGUCUCUUUCAGUAUUUGCUGCUGCGUGGCAUGGUGAGUUGUUCGAUGCAGGUCUAGUGGUGCUUUUGUUCAACUUGGCUAAGAUAAUCGAAGCAGCAGCCGUCCGCCGUGUUGCAAGAGUACUGCGCGCGGUCAUGCAACUCCAGACGGUCCGCACAGUCCAGCUAGCAAAAAAUGGCCAGCAGGUAGAGAUUUCAGACCUGCAGAGCGGAGAUGUGAUCGCAUUGCGACCUGGCGAGCAGUGCCCAGCAGAGGGCCUUGUGAUCGGCGGGCUCGCUUCUUGCUCCGACGCUGCUAUGACGGGCGAGGCUACGCCACAUGAAAAGACCAAAGGAGCUCAAGUGGCUUCCGGAACUUUGGUCUUAAAUGGCUACCUCGAAGUCAAGCUCACGAAGCCCUCCUCGGAGUCGCGACUCUCGGAAAUUGAGGGCAGAGUUCAGGAUGCGCAGGCCAAGCGCACUGAGAGGCAAAUGAUGAUCAGCAGAUUCGCACAAAGGUGGACCCCAGCAGUUCUGGCCGCAGCACUCCUGACCGCUUCAAUGCCGGCGAUCCUGGGUGGUGGUGAUUAUGCAGAGUGGCGGCACCGAGCGAUUGUGCUGCUGCUGAUAGCAUGCCCCUGUGCCAUUGUAAUCGGUGCGCCGCUGGCGACCACCUGUGCAAUUGCAGCAGCGGCAGCACAUGGCGUGCUGAUCAAGCGGCCUGACACGGUUGAGCGUUUGCCAGCAGUAGUUACAGUUGGUUUGGACAAAACCGGGACGCUUACCAAAGGUGAGAUGACAGUUCUACAUGUUCAGGCUUUCAAGUCUUCGAAGUGGGAAGAGCGGGAGGCACUAAAGCUGGCUGCUGCUUUGGAGAUGAAGUCUGCGCACCCCAUUGCUGCGGCCAUCGUUUCAAGAGCUUUGGGCCAUGUCGCUGAUGCCUACGGCUCCGACUUGGCCGUCGUGCAAAGGGUUCGCAACAUGCCAGGCGUAGGCAUCCAAGGGGUUCUGGAGCUUGGGACGAAGGAGCACACAGUGCUUCUUGGAAGUAGCAAGGCCUUGGACCUUGUGACGUCUGAGUGCAAGGAGGAGUUUCGUGCUUUCCAAGAGAUGCACCAGAACGACACAACAGUGGCCUUGAUCGUUGAUGGCAUGCUAGAGUACGGCCUUGCUUUGAAUGACAUGCUGAGGCCAACAGCAGUCGGAUUCGUCGAAGAGCUCAAGACCUUGCAACUGAGGCCCCACAUCUUGACUGGAGACAGUGAGUCUGCAGCCGUGCACAUUGCUGCCAGUGUUGGCCUUGAUCCAGAAUUCUGCCGCUUUUCCAUGGCGCCGGAGGAGAAGACGGAGUGGGUUGAGAAACAGCAGGCGGCUGGCAGGAAGUCGCUGAUGUUGGGAGAUGGAGUCAACGAUGCCACGGCCUUGGCGGUGGCCUUCGUGGGCGUUGCUAUUGGUGAGACCGGUACUGCUCUCGCCGCACAGUCGGCAGAUGUCGUCAUGCUCACAGACAGACUCCAAAGAAUUGCAGCCUUCUAUGGCAAGCUCGACUUGUGGAUGGCAGUUCUGGCUGAUUCGGGCGAGGAUACCCUUCUCCAUCCUGAAGCCAGCGGCAAAGUCGCACGGCGGAAGGCGCUGGCGGCAGGACUGGGCUCUGUAGCUAUCCACCUCUUCUCCGGGCUUGUACCCGGCCGUGCUUCAUGGGGCUGGACUGUGACAUGGACCCUGACGGCGCCAGCAGAUGGUGGUUUCAGCUGCCAGGAGGGGAACACCUAUACCGUCACUGACGAUGGCUUCUCUUCCGCCGCUGCUUCCGUUGUCGACUUCACCUGCACUGUGGUGCCUGACUUUGGGAAGAGCUGUGACGUGGGCAGCAUUGAAAUGAGGUGUUCUGAUGCAGUCGGAGUGCCACAGAGCUUCCUUCCUACGACGGGCAACUGCAUCCAGGAAGGUUACUAUGCAAAAGGCAACGGGACAGAAACCCUCUCGUUUUCCCGGGCUCCUCUUUGCACCGCAUCUAGUGAAACUAGUGGCGCCGGAGCAACAGCUGGAGCCUGCAAAAUCAUAGUUUUUCUGAUGGCAGCCUUUUUAACCCGGAUGGAACUGUGA